ACCAGCGUUCCGCAAGCUAACAAAGGUUAUCUCGUUCUUUGACAGCGGGCUGUCCACGGCUGCCUGACUCAGAUUUUAGCGUUAUCAUACACACUUGGCUGGGUUAGUUGGCUAGGUAUUCGGCAAUGUAGAGUAGCAAGCCUGACUAAGGUUAUGUGGUUCUACACUACUUACUACCUCAGCCUUCAAUGAAGAAGCAUCAAUCAGGACCAUUCCAAAUUAUUGAACCACGUAGCCAGGCUUGCCAGGAUAGCCAGGAGUCCCCGUGAAAUGCGGGUGAGACACAGUUUAUCCCAGUUUUCGUUCUUUGUCAGUCUUGCCAUUCUGCGCAGUUUCCGUGCGAACCAUCGUCCGUCGAUCUUGCCACCAACGGCCAAUCCCAUCCUCGAUUGUGACGACAUGGGACGCACCUGCGCCAAGACCUCAAACCGUAGCUCACGCAUCAUUCCAGAAGCCUGUACCCUAGGCAUCGAGACUAAGUCCAGCCCCAGCCCGAUCUCAGGUCUGGCAGCUGGGUGGAAAAAUUACAGUUACCUACGAGCAUCUUCCUUUUGUUGGGCUCUCUUGAGGUGGUUGCUAGCUUCCGGGACACCAUGGUCGUCGCAGCAUUGGAUUCCGCGACGCCCGCGACUAGCAGUAAACUAAAGUAUAUCUUGUUGUUAACCUGGCUGGGAAGAGUGCAU